AGAGGCGAAAGAGAGACGGAGUCACGGAGAGGAGAGAGAGAGAGAUACAAGAGGACGCGGAGGUUUCAGAGAGAGAGACUAACUUACAUAGCUUAUAUAUAAACAGACGGCGGAGAGAGCAGAGAAAGAAAGUUUUUUUUUAAACCUAACCUUGAAGAAAGCGUGAGGUUAUAGCAACUUUUACAAAUCUGAAUGCAAAGCUCCCUCCUCGCCGGAUUCGCUUGCUUCCUUCCCGCCGCGAUUCGCUUGUAGUAACGGCGGCUGAGCUGGUUUUCAGAGAAAGUGUGAUCUUGAGUGUAGAGAGUGAUGGGAAGCUCAGGAUCAGGUGCGGUGGGGUCGAUCGUGUGGGUGAGGAGGAGGAACGGCUCGUGGUGGCCAGGGAGGAUACUGGGACAAGAUGAUCUUGACUCUAAUACUAUCACCUCUCCACGAUCUGGUACUCCUGUGAAGCUUCUUGGGAGAGAGGAUGCAAGUGUGGAUUGGUACAAUUUGGAGAAGUCCAAGAGGGUGAAGCCGUUUCGGUGUGGGGACUUUGAUGACUGCAUUGAGAAGGUGGAGACUUCGCAAGGUCUGACGGUGAGAAAGAGAGAGAAGUAUGCUCGUAGAGAAGAUGCGAUUCUCCAUGCUCUUGAGCUUGAGAAGGAGAUUCUGAAGAAGGAAGUGAAACUAGAAACUAGCAAGCCUAGGGAUAACGCUCAUGAUAUUUCUAAUGGGACUUGUGACCAUGUUGGUGAUGAUGUUAUGCAUUUGGAGAAAGGUAAAGUGGAAGAUCAUCAGCCAAGUUGUGAGGACGAGGUGCGUCCUCGAAUGAGAGGUUUGGUGGAGUUUGGGCUGAGAACCAGUUCUUCUAAGCGGAAGUUUUCGUCUUCCAAUGGUCCUCCUGAUACUUCCUUCAAGUCUCUGGCGAGAAGCAACUCUUCAGCUUCUUCUAGUGGAGAUCAUAGCAUGGAGAGGCCUAGCUACGCCCUUGGGAAGGAGAAGACUAGGAACUCGAUGGAGGCUAAAAGGACUAAGUAUACGUUUGCACCAAAUGAAUCUAACGAUGUUUUAGAUCGGCAUGAGAGUUUACUAAGCCACAGGGAGGCAAUGCAUUCGUCCUUUCCUGGUGGCGGCUCUCGUUAUUAUGACCAUCCUGAUUUUUUGCAAGAUACUGAAUAUGUUUCUUCUGAGUCCGAAACUGAUUCUUCUGAUAUGGAGGAGGAUACUGAUGAUGACAUUCACUUGCUGUCAGGAGCUGGGCGUCACUUAGAGCAACACAAUACUUUUAGUAGACACAUGUCAGCAGAGGAUGAAAGCACCAGUAGCGAGGAAGAUUGUUACGAGUCAUCCAUGUCAGGCGACUCUUAUCACCUUUAUUCCCAAGAUCCUGAUAAUGGAGCUGGUACGGUGUCCAAGUGGCAGCUCAAGGGGAAAAGAAACAUGCGCAAUCUUCCAAGAAGGUCUGCACGCAAGAGGGAAAUGCACCGUCAUCAUCUGGAAGAUGGAAGAAGAUAUUCUGAGUAUAAGAGAAGAGCAUUUGGCCAAAAGCCUAUGGGUUAUGGAUUAGAUUCUAGUGAUGAAACGGAUGACACUGAUCACAACGAAAGACAGUUCGGGCUAGGUGAUAAUGAUGAGUAUCGGUUGUCAACUAUGUUUGCAUCUGGAUGUAAGAACAUCUAUAGCCGUGACAUGCUGGACUGGGAUGAUGAUCCUUGGGAAGGCCAGAUUGGUUUGAAGAAACUCGAAGGUUCAGAUGCUUCUCAUCGACAUUUUGGAAGGAAAACGUAUCCUCCAUUGAUGGAUGUUGAUUUAGAAGUACAAGGAAGCUAUCGGAAAGGUCCUGUCCCAUUUGUCUCCCUUAUGAGUAAGUUAAACGGCAGAGCAAUCAUCGGGCAUCCGGUUGAAGUCCAAGUCUUAGCAGAUGGUUCCUCUGAGUCAUAUGAGUACUUUGGUAAUGAAACAAGUUACCAUGACAAACCCUUGUUACUUCCCCCUGCUUGGAAGACUGCAAGAAGGAGUAGCUCACGGGUUCCACGGUUGCAUCGGUUAUCAUCAUCGCUUGAAGCCGAUGCUGAGGAUCAUUCUCCACCAGAUCAGGGACGGAAACCACAGCUUAGGAAACUAAUUGGUUCGGGAAACUUUAGUAAUGAUGGUGACUCGGUGAGGAGAAGCAAUCUAAUGGGCAUUCCACGACCACCUGGAGAAAGAAAGAAGUUGCUGAAGAACACAAACGCAACCCCUAGUCAAAAGACAAGGGCACUAUCUUCGUUCAGCAGCGAACAAGCACUACACGGGACAAAGGCCUUGGGGGAUCGGACUCACGAGCUCUCUAACAGACGGGUGUUACCGGGACCACCGACCGUGGCCUGCAUACCGGUCAAACUAGUAUUUAGCAGAUUACUGGAGAAGAUAAAUAGACCUUCAUCAAAACCGACCGUGAAAGGCUUCAAUGAGAGAAGAGAUCAAUGACAAGAGGUCUUUACUCAAAGCCAAAACGAGAUUUACAGCUACAAAAUGUAUAACCAUUUGGUUCAUCAGGCUUUGAUUAUGUGAUGACUCUUGAGGGAAAGUUAGUCGUAGGGAGAAGAAUUUACGUAGAGAGACUCUGGUUACUUCCUCGUACAGAUCAGGUGAAGAGUUUAGAACAUUGAUACCACUGGUUCAUUUUGUAUAUUUUUCAUUCUCUCGAGAAGAAAGCUUUGUCUCUUUGAUUUAGUUCCAGCUUUAGAUUUAUAGUCUUAGAUAGUUUUUGUUUUUUUUUUUGGGGUUUUCACUUGCUGUAUCUUUGCUGGCUAAUUAAUUUACACAUUAUCAAUUUUUAUUCUUCA